UUGUUUCAUUAUUUGCAUUAACUCUUUUUAAUAAAUAAAUAUAUAUAUAAUCAACAAUGUCGAAUAUCAUUGAAUUUUUUCGAGAAAUGCCACGAAGAAAAAAAUUAACUUUAUUAUUAACAUCAAUAAUAGUCAUUGUUUUGACUAUAUUGUUUUUUAUAUUUGAGAAACCAAUAAUGAGAGCUUUAGCUCCGGUAGCAGAAGAAAUACGUGAUCUAAAAUUUGGAUAUUUAAUUAUCGGAGGAAUAAUAAUCGCUUCAAGUAUUCCACCAAUUCCAGGGUAUGGAUCUAUGAUAUUUAUAUGUGGAUUCAUAUACGGAUUCCCACUUGGAUUCGCCCCAGCAUACAUUUUUGCUUUGCUUGGUGCAUCUUUUAGCUUUUUCGUUUGUCGAUCAAUAUGUCUUGGCUAUGCUAGAAAGCUCACAAAAAAGAAAAGUAAUUUUCAAAAAUUAGCACUUGCUAUAGAAGAAGGUGGAUUCAAGAUAAUAUUUUUAAUAAGAUUGAGCCCAUUCCCAUUUCCCUGGUCAAAUGCAUUUUUUGGUACAAUUCAAACCGUUAGUUUUUGGAAAUUCUUUUUAGCUACAGCUUUAAGCUUACCAAAAUUAUUAAUAUAUAUAUUCAUUGGUUCGAGAUUUCGAAAUUUAACUGAAGAAAUGGAUUCAACUUCUCGUACAAUUAAUUAUGUUACAUUAGCUGUUGGUAGUGUAUUGUUAUUCUUUGCAGCUUGGUAUAUUUAUAGGAAAAUGAAUGCAACUGUCAAUGCUGCCGCUGUUAAAAGAUUAUUACAAAUGGAAGAGAGUGGUAGUCUUGAUAGACUUGAUUUAAGUGAAAUUGAUUCUUCGGAAAUAUAUGCUGAUGAAUUAGUAGUUGAUGAAGUUAAUGAACGUGGAAAGUUGCAAUAACAAUUGAAAAUGUUAAUUAAUUUAAAGGAAAAAACAUUUCAACAUAUUAUAGACUAUUAAAAACACACA